UAGUUGUUUUCUUGGCGACUGACCGUUUGAGAGUAAGCUAUGGUAUUUUGUCAGUUCGAUGAUCCAACGUGAAURUUUCCAAGAUCCAUKACCUGGUUAKAAUUCUUACGCUUCUACGCGCGUAGGUAUUUUCCACAAUGUUCAAGCGCAAUAAAAAGAAGGUCUCGAACAAGCCUCAACGUCUCGAUAUCUCUAUGCCGACCAACUUUGAGCAUCGUUUCCACACUGGCUUUGAUCCCAAUGGAAAAAAGUUUGUAGGAUUACCACCUCAAUGGGAAGCCGUACUAGGAAUGAAYGAAAUAAAACGACCUCAACCACUUGUUGAUCCCGACGCAAUCACUGAAGUUGCUCCAAUACCGCGAAGAUCCGAAGCUCGAAGAAGACAAAGCCCACAAAUAAACAGUGUCAUCUCAGUUAGUCGUUCGAAUUCGUUACGGGACUCGCUGCGGACCAGCCCUGCUUCAAGACCAGUCGUUCAGAAAAGGCCUCCGCCACCAAAUUAUCAAAGAAUAGACGAAUCUAUCGAAACAGCUGAUUUUAGAAGAAGUCACAGGCCGCCAAGUCGCGAAGAACGGUACUUCGACGGACGAAGCUACCCCCACCGAGACGAACGUCGACAUGAUAUCCGGGAUCGUCGUAUUAGUUCUUCUCACAGAGAAAGCUCUGAUUAUGGAUCUGCUAGCACAGAUUCAGCUGGAGAAACGUCAGACGAUGUGAGAACAACCAGUAAGACAAAGCUGAUGUACUCAGAUGCGCCCGUUUCGCACGACCAAUUUCGCAAAGCUUUGGAGUUGGUUGUCACGGCCGUGGGACAACCUGAAAGUUUGGACAAUUUUAUGAAAAUUGGCGAGGGAUCAACUGGUAUUGUUUGCCUUGCGCGGGACAGGAGAACAGGUCGUCAAGUUGCGGUUAAAAAAAUGGAUUUAAAGAAACAACAAAGGCGAGAAUUGUUGUUUAACGAGGUUGUGAUCAUGAGAGAUUAUCCACAUCCUAAUAUUGUAGAAAUGUUUGGCAGCUAUUUAGUUGGUGAUGAACUUUGGGUAAUAAUGGAGUAUCUAGAAGGAGGGACGUUGACUGAUAUUGUCACACAUACUAGGCUUUCAGAGGAACAAAUAGCAUGUGUGUGUCGAUCUGUUUUAAGGGCUUUAACAUUCCUUCACUCACAAGGCGUCAUACAUAGAGAUAUUAAAAGUGAUAGUAUUCUUCUCACAUCUGGUGGAAAUGUUAAAUUAUCUGAUUUUGGGUUCUGUGCACAAGUAACAGAAGAUAUGCCAAGACGGAAAUCUCUUGUCGGUACUCCUUAUUGGAUGGCACCUGAGGUUAUUGCAAGAAAAGCUUAUGGCACAGAGGCUGACAUUUGGUCUCUCGGAAUCAUGGUWUUAGAAAUGAUAGAUGGUGAACCUCCUUAUUUCUGUGAGCCUCCUCUUCAGGCGAUGAGGAAGUUACGUGAUGGAGAACCACCAAGAGCUAGGAAAGGACAGAUGUCUCAGAGACUGCAUUCUUUCAUUCGACAUGCUCUUAUUCGUGAUCCAAGAGAUAGAGCCACAGCGUUUGAACUGUUGAACCACGCAUUUAUCCACGGCGCAAAUGGAUCGACAGCUCUUCCAGACCUAAUGAAGACAUAUAGACAUAGUGUUUGCUGACACAUGAACUUUUGACUCAGAUUUUAGCUGAUUUACAAGGUGGAAGCAUAUCGUGUAACAUUUUAUUAGUGUAUUUAUAAUGGGUCGGAUACAUUUUAGAGAUUAUACUUUUGUAUACUUACUGACCUAGAUGAAACAGUAAGAUUUCCAUAUAGAUGAUAUUAGUGGCUGUUUGAACUAAGCGUAACAACUGCAACAAGCUUUGUUUAAAAGCAAUGAAAACUUUUUCUGUAGAGGUUUACAAGUAAGUUACUAAAGAGAAAAUUGUAGUGGCAAUUCUCGUAUAGAGAGUGGAGUUGUUGACAAGAAAGUGGCAAACGAAAAUGCCUCUCGUGAUAAGAAAUUGAUUUAGAAUUGUACAUUGCAAAGAACAAGUAUAUUUAAGAAUUCUUGUCAUAUUAUUAGUCACUGAUAAACGUUGUUCUAGUGAUAUUCUAGUAGGUGCGGAAGGAAGCACUAUCAUGUGUGCAUAGAUCUGUACAGGUUUGAUUGAAUGAAUUAAUAGUUGCUCCUGGCUGAGUACAAUAUAAUUUAAUGUUUUUAUUAUAUAGCUCGACAAUGAGCUGCUUGAUUUAAGGAAUAUUAGUGAGUGAUUACGUGUGCGAAAAUCGCCAUAUUUAGUUUGUGUAAAUAGAAAUAUAUUUUUGAUAGCGCGCUUUGUUUUAGGAGGUUAUUCAAUAAACUCAUAGUUUAAAUCCGACCAAUGAAUUGUAAUAUGCGUGUCAGUACGAUCUCAGUGACUAUGUAGUUGCUAUAAAACUUACGUUUACAAUAAUCUGAA